CAGAAGAAGCGUGCAGACAAGGGGGGGUGGAUUUUCCUCAAGAGGAAGCAACCGUCGACGGACGGACAUUUCCGGUCAAUGCCGUUUGACCGGAUACCUACAUCCUUCGUAGAUACGAUAAAGCUACGGCCAACGCUUACGGUAUAAAAGAGGAUCGAUAUGAGAACGAGGCUCCAGUUUUUCAAGGAUGAAACACCUCUCAAGAGAAAGAGGGAUUUCCCCCGUGAAGAAGUGAUGCUUGACCGGAAAAAGACGAGAACGGCGCUGGAAAACGUUAGAGAAUCGGAUUUUUUUGAUGGUUUGCCUGACGACCUUAUCGUCUGUAUCCUCUGCAAGCUCAGCUCCACCGCUCGUUGCCCUGCCGAUUUCAUUAAUGUUCUCAUAACUUGCAAGAGACUGAACGGUUUAGGCUUUCAUCUCCUCGUGUUGUCGAAAGCAUCUCCUAAAGCCUUCGCCGUUAAAGUUAAGAACUGGUCUGAAUCGUCUCAUCGCUUCUUGAAACAGUGCGCAGAUGCUGGAAACAUCGAAGCCUGUUAUACCCUUGGCAUGAUCCGUUUCUAUUGUCUACAGAACCGAGGAAGUGGGGCGUCGCUGAUGGCUAAAGCGGCCAUCAGCUCGCACGCUCCAGCGCUUUAUUCACUCGCCGUCAUCCAGUUCAAUGGUAGCGGCGGGUCCAAGAACGACAAGGACCUCCGAGCCGGCGUCGCUCUCUGUGCACGAGCAGCUUUCCUCGGCCACAUCGAUGCCCUCCGGGAACUCGGCCACUGUCUGCAAGAUGGCUACGGCGUCCGCCAAAACAUCGCCGAGGGGCGCCGAUUCCUCGUCCAAGCGAAUGCCCGUGAACUAGCAUCCGUACUCUCGUCCACCACGUCAUCACCGUCGUCGCUCCCCUGGCUGACGUGGCAUCCUCAAAACCACCGUCACCAGCAUAUCACUGGUGCGGGCUGUCCGUUGCUGAGUGACUUCGGGUGCAACGUGCCGGCACCGGAGGCGCACCCGGCAAACCGGUUUCUGGCAGAGUGGUUCGCGUCACGUGGGGUUGUGCCGGGGCAGGGGCUUCGGCUGUGCUCGCAUGCCGGUUGUGGCCGGCCGGAGACGAGGCGACAUGAAUUUCGUCGUUGCUCGGUGUGCGGCACCGUGAACUACUGUUCUCGGGCGUGCCAGGCGCUCGAUUGGAAGUUGCGCCAUAAGGUGGAGUGCGCACCCAUGGAGCGGUGGCUCGGUGGCGAUGUCGAAGCCGACGGAGGAAUCGUCGAGGUUGACGAGGACGAUGCCAACGACAGGAGUUAACGACGAGGUAAUAGUGAAAAAGAGUGAUAGGGCUUCUUUUGUCUGUGGAAUUUAUUUAAUUUUAAUAAUUAAGUUAGUUGGUGGAAUUUCGCCCUUCUCUUUUUCUAUGUUUUUUGUAUAGAAACAUAGACAGACUAUAUAGAGGGAGGUUAUUUUGGUGGCCCAUGGCUGCAACCCGUUCUUUUUUUUUUGUACCAUACAAUAGAUUAUUACUCGGCCAAGCUUCAUUUCAGAAGAGUAAAUUUCUUUGUUCAAUAAUCAAUUUCACCUCUUGUGAGUUUUCGUUUUUA